GGCGAGGCCGGAGCUCAGCCGGAAGCGGGCAUUCGGGUGGUGCAGUGGUCAGGGAAUUUCCUGAGCUGCCUUUAAUUACUUCAGGUGCUCUUCGAAACCUGUUGAGGCUUAUUGCCUGUGCUCAGAUGAGGCUGUGUGGGGAGCAGGAGCUUGAUCUGACACAGAAGGACAGGCGGUGUUGUGUUUGUCACCCAGCGCUGCUGUUGUCACGUUUGCAAAUACCGCAGGGAGCGUUUUGUAGCGGUUAGUGGGACGUGGAGCGCUCUCAGCUCCCGUUCCUAGCAGGUCAAACCGGCCCGAUCCAGUUUGCUCAGCAACAUGCUCUGCAGCUUCCAUGAAAGCUGCGCCGCAUGGAGAAGAUCUCUGUCAGGGUUUAGAGGCUCAGUGGCCACCAGGGGUGCCUGAAGCCCUCCAGGAGCACCGUCUGAGACUGACUGCAGACUCGAGCGGCUACCAUGUGUAUAACCUUGAGCCAACUCACUUGAAGCCUGGUGAAAUACUGAUGGCAGCUCAGAUGACCAAUGCUCAUCGACGGUUCUUGCAGGUUCUGAUGUCUAAUGGGAUAACAGAAGGAUCAGAGGCCAGAAAAUUACACCAGCACUGCUGUGAAACUGAUAAAGUUUACUAUGCACACGAUAAACUGGAUGAUUUCAUCAGCACUAUUAACAGCCACCUGCAGCCUUUGUUUAUGCAGAUCCGGAAAGGAAUAUCAGAAGAUGAUGGGAGAGCACAUUAUGCUGUAGUGAAUUUGGCGGAAACGGAAGUAACUAAAAUGGCAUCUGACUAUACAGAAAUUGAAUUGGAAUUGUUCAGAAAAACAAUGGACCUAAUAAUUUUAUCAGAAAAUGGCUUUGCCUCAUCUACAGAUAUUUUAAACUUGGCUGACCAACUUAAGACAAAGAAAAUGAAGAAGAAAGAAGCAGAACAAGUGCUGAAAGUUUUUGUGGAGGAUAAGUGGCUCUCUGAGAAAAAUGGAGACUACACUCUGCAUACUCGUUGCAUAAUUGAGAUGGAACAGUACAUUCUCAGCAACUACCAGGAUGUGGCAAGGAAAUGUAACAUCUGUCGCAGCCUUGCCAUCCAGAGCCAAGUAUGUGAAUCCUGUGGAAUUGGAAUGCACUUACUUUGUGUCAGAAAGUACUUCAGAGGCCAGACUGAACCCCGCUGUCCCAAGUGUAAUGAAUUCUGGUCUUGUGACACCCCAGUUUUCUUUACAGGUGUGAAUCGGAUGGGUUCCAAUGGUACAGACUUACCACAGAGCUCCACUCUUGGCUCUAGAUGAUGCCAGUAAAACUUGAUGUCAGUGACAUCUAUUUGCCCCCACUCUGGCAGAACAGCCAGACUGUAUUGUAUUCAUUAGUAACAGUGCUCAGUGUACUCAUUUUCUAAAGUUCUAAGAAUCUUACAAUAAAACUAUCAUUGAUGUUCCUGUUCACAGUAA